AUGUCUUCUCUAGGUAAUUUUCUUGUGGAGGAUAUAGUUUUUUUGGAGCCUCAGCCCGUAAUUCCCAUUACUCCACGAAGAAUCUCAGGUGUAAAUUGGCUUGCUCUUGUGUCGGGAUUAGGCUUUAUCAGCUACUCCGGGUCCGCUAUUCCUGAAUCCUAUGAUCGUCAUUUAAUGUCCCUGACUCUUUUGGCUGACUGGCUUCGCGAAGGUGAAUGGGCAAGACUAAGCUCGUCAGAUGUGAGCACUUCUAUUAGUAAUUGCUGCUUGAUGAUUUUGGGCGAUUCAAUAAGAGCAGGACAUGAUGGAUCGUGCGAGACGCUCGCUAAUUGUGUGCAAGCUAAACAGGCUCGCCACCUGACUUUUAAGCUGGAAGCUGAGGGCGUGGCUGCCAUGGCCUCAUUCGACGCCUGGCUAGCUAGUCUGCCAUUAGGAGGGUUUAAUCAGAAUCUCUUGGCCAAGAAUCUGCAUGAGGACGUAUUGGCAUGCAUUGGAUACACUGAAAAAGUAAAUGAAGUUGGCCAUAUGGAGAGUGGCAGUGGCGGCGGGCUCUGUGUCCACCUUUUGCCUGGCCCACACGACGCUGUUUCUUGUUUGAUGCCUCAGCAACCGAUUCAUGCAGCCACUCUUCCGAAGUCUGUUGAUCGUGUUGGCUCAGGCAAGUCUGGUCUCAGAGGAGUCACUAACCCACAUCUCUGCCGAGUGGCGGGUCGUCGAGUGCUGGCCACAUCGGGGCAGAAUAGUCAACAGCUGGCCAUGUACACGGAUCUAGCUGAUGACCUCGAUCGUAUGGAAGCCAGUCUUCAUUGGGGCCAUCUGGCACCCACUUGUCCUGAUUCCUUACUCGGAUACCCACUCUCGGACUGCGAUCCUCUUCUUAUGCGUUUUCCUCCAGCUGAUUCGAGCAUUGCUUUCAAUUCGAUUGAUUAUCCUGAUAUCUACGUUUCAGCCACGGGACAAUCAGAAGUGAAACAGCCCGUGUGGCGAAGAGCUAAUCUGUUUCCACAUUUGACAGCCACCAAACAGGGAAGAGGAACCUCCGAAGUGGUAACUGCUGAGGGCGCUCUACUUGUUUCUGUGCCACGAUUUGAUAUGUCACAUUGUAUCGCCUUGGUCGAUCUGGAUAGCCUAGACUGUCAUAUCGUUCAUUUUGAUGUAGACUCCACUUGUUAA